UCAGUCUAUCGGGCGGCCUCGCGCGCGCUGGCAUACUAAUAAAUUGCUUAUACACAAAAGCCGAUUUUCACGCCUCUAAUCGCGCGAGAGCUCGAUCCGCGGCCUGCGCCUCGCGAUUUCCGCUCCCCCGAAUCUCCACCCCUCACCCUGCCCUACCGCCAACACCCCCAGGGAAGAAAGCGAAAAAUCGGGUGCUGGGAGAGAGAAUGAGAGAGAGAGAGAGAGAGAGACUGAAAAAUUGUAGAAAAAGAAGGAAGAAUGUUUAAUCGUCGAUCCGCGGUUUAAUCGAGAAAAAAAUAAUAAAUAAAUAAAUAUUGUACCAAUUUUUUUUUUUUUUUUGCACCGCAUUUCGCACGAAAAUUCAGUUACCUCGAAUAUUUAAUUAUCGUUUUUUAACUUCUGUUUCGAGUCACUGUUUAUCGGAACAGACGAAAAAUAUCCACUAACAAGGAUCGUUCGACGUUCCCGCCCUCACUGAGCUAACUCUCUUUGCACCCGUAGGGAUUUGGAUUAAACGGUGACUGGGAGAGAGAAGAGAGGGAGAGAGAGAGAGAGAAAGAAAAAGAGAGAGAGGCGCGGACACCCCCCACCACGAAUAUCAUCUUCCCUCUCCGUGCCCCCUUCCAAACUGAAGGCGGGGGUUCACUCCCGCGCAUCGAAACGACACGCGGGGUUCGCCUAAGACUCGGAGAACACGGUGGACUCCGACGUAUCACGGUGCAGACUGAAAAGAGCGGCUCUACUUGCGGACUUCUGACUGCGGAUAUCGUAAUCGACGCUCGUACCUGCAGCGAGAUAACGCCGAGAUAUCAAAGAGGGAAGAGGAGGAGGAGGAGGAGGAGGACAGGAAAGGAAGGACAAGCGAUUCGAAUUUGUUUGAAACUUUUUUUUCAUCUCUGACGCUGUUUUUUUUUUUUUUUUUUUUUAUUUUUUUGGAUCCUUUCUCUCUCGUUCGUUCAUCUGUUUUUCAAUCGCAAAAGAGAGAGAAGAAAAACAAAAAGAAACAAAAACAAGCCCGAGACGAAACGAGACGAAGAAUAAUUAUUGUAAAGUACGAGUCUGCGGAGCGGAAGGAAGGGAUAACGGAAGAAGGAAGAGGAUGUAAAAUCGUUUGUCAAUUUGUUCGAACGUCUUGCGCCGCAGUUUUGUUCUUGUUCGUUUAUUUAUUUAUUUUCAACCGAACUACGAUACUGUAUUGUCCGUAUGGGAAGGAUGCCGAAAGGCAACGUCGCAUGCGGCGAGAUUUGCGGAGAGGGGGGAAGGGGGGUGUUUGUUUUUCUCUCGGAUUUCUUCAAUCUACUUUGCGUAUAACUGGUCCCGUGCGUGCGAUUGCCAAAAAUUUCACACGAGAGUACAACUGUGUGUUUCGAGAACGCCGAGGAAAAAAUACAUUCGCAAUUUAAAAACAGAAUAAAACGUAAUAAAUAAUUGAAAAGGAGAAAACAAAAAAAAAAAAAAACAAAUACGUGAAACGAACGAAAAGAGAAGGUGCUGGAACGAGAAAUCUUAAUCAUGGUAUUAGUGCGACUAUUUUAUACACAUAUGUUACGUACAUACCGCAGUGACAUUAACUCUCAUUAACGCCCGUAAAUAUAUUGCGUAUACGCUCAUAAAAGGUUAUCUUCGUUCGUUCGCGGUAAAAGGAAAAGAAAAAAAAACAACAAAAAACAAAAAAAAAAAAAAACGGAAAGAUAAAUAAAAUAAAAGAAAUAAGAAAACGACUCGCAAAGAUUAAAGUUUUAUCAUUACCAACGUCAACUAAUGCAGCGAAACGAAUCUCGCAACGAGGAUCGUUAUACUCUGUGAGAUUAAUCGACUUUCAUGCACCGUGCAAAGUGAAUUGAAAAACGUGGUGCGUAAAAAUCUUUGACACUGAGAGAAAAUGAGUUAAACUGGUUCGAGUAAAAAUUUGACGUACCGAUCGUGAGUCGAGUUUGAACAUUAAACAGCGCGCCAUCGGGAUCAUAGAUUUGGCGGGAAAAUUUAAACCACGUAAAAUAAUUGGUACAUCGAUACGUUACGCUGCUCGUGAGAUUACGCUGGGUUCGAUCGAAUUUCGACGGAGAGAAUAAACCGCUUGAUCGGUAUGACGGGAAUGCAGAAUGCGCGUUUUGUUGAUAAGUUUGUACGUCGCGACGGAAUUGUAAUAAACCGGAGAGUGUGAAUUAUCGCGAGUGUGUAACAUCCGCGGAGAUUCCGUUCGGUGUCUAAAAAUACCCGUUAUAUGUAGUAUAACGCACAUGCAUAUAUGUAUGCGUAUGUGUGCGUGAAUAAGAGUAUGCGCGUUUCAUGAGAGAGGAGAGAAACGAGUGGCGUAAGAAAAGGAAAAGGUGAAAGAGAAAGAAGGAGAAUAUAAGAAAUAAAAAAAAAACAAAAAAAAAAAAAACGGAGGUACAGUGGAAAUAAGGCGUAUAAAAAUACGUGAAUCGUAAAAGAAGCAAGAAACCGGGUAUACGUGGUGGAGAUAAAAAUAACAGAAGAGAAAAUAACGUAAAGAAGAACGCGAGGAGGCAUCGGAGAAAGGUGGAGGAGGAGAGGGAAAAAGAGGAAGAGGCAUUGAAGGAAAAGGAAAGGAAAAACCGCCUCAAGAAAUGUUCGGCGUGCCGCGAAUACCGCCUUAUUACAUACCGCACCGAUGGUUAACCGAGUAUUUGUAUCAAACUUUGUACCGCAGCUGCAGCAACGCCGGAGCCCACUAAUUUUUACACGGUAAAUCAGCCGAGGAACGCGGGAAUAAAAGUGUAAAACUCUUGAGCGAUAUUGUGACAAGACGUUUCGAAUGAAGAUCAGCGGAAACGGAGUCGAUGAAUGAAAAAAAAAAAGAAAAACGACUUUCUACACCGCGGCGAAAAAUAGACGAAUCCGUUCUCCGGAAGUGUAAAAAUAGCAAGUGUUGAGUAACACGUAAUAAAACGGAGAGAGAUAAAGAGAGAGAGAGAGAGAGAGGAAGUAAAUUUUCCCGACUACGAUCGUCUCGAAUUUUCACCCUCGUGAAAAAACCAGUCUCUUGUAUUAUUUUUUAUUUACUUUCCGUUUGGAUGAUAAUAUUCGUUCACAAGCAGGGGAGAUUCGUGAAUAAUAGUUACGGUAACGAUAUCGCUAAAAGGAAUAAAUCAUUCGAAGGGCAGAUGAGAUGUGAUAAUAAAGAGGGACGCGCAUUGGCAAGGAGCAUCCCGGGAAGAUCCUGCGAUUUCCGGAGGCUGCGUAAUAUCACCUCCGAUUCGGGGGCGGCUGUUCCGUCGGGUUUCUGGCGCUGGGCGCCUGCGAUGACGGCUUUGCGACGGGGUCGCGCAAAACCCCGCUUAAACUUCACCCUCCUGCUGUCCCUCCUCGCCGCCCUAUUGCACGCACAAUCUGCAACAGGCGGUAUCUGUUGGUCUUCUAUCCGGAACGGCAGAUGCACGGAAUUACUGGCACAAGGAAUAUCCCGGAAGGAUUGCUGCGCCUCGAACACCGCAGCAGCGACUGCCUACUCCGAUGAAGACUUGGACAGCGGUACCCUCUUCUUCUGGAGGGUUUUAGGGGGCGGCGUGCCCUGCCGGCCUUGCCGAGAAACUUGCACGGAGGUUCGCUGCGAGGAGGGAAAGAAGUGCAUCGUUCGUCGGGGGCGGCCGAGGUGCGUUUGCAAUUCUGAUUGCAAGGCGCCAAGAGGUGGUGGAGGUCCGGUUUGCGGAACGGACGGACGGAGCUACCGGAGUCUUUGCAGGCUUAAGAAACGGGCCUGCAGGAAGGACAGCCACGACCUGGCCGUCGCUUACAAUGGCCACUGUCAAAGUUCGUGCACGGGGGUGCGUUGCGGUCCGGGUCGAAGCUGCCUCCUCGACCAAAACCUGAGUCCGCACUGCGUGAAGUGCGCCCGGAGGUGUCCAGCCCCCUCGGUUCAGGGCCGUCACGGACUUCCCGGGAUUCACGAGGCCCUUCAGGCCGCAGGGAAUCGGCCGGUAUGCGGAGCCGACGGAAACACCUACAAGAGCGCCUGCCAUCUCCGACUCGCGGCCUGCAGAGCUGGACGAGCCAUUCCCAUCGCUUAUAAAGGACGAUGCAAACAGGCUGCAAACUGUUCGAGCAUCCGAUGCCGAGAGGGUCAGACGUGCUUGACGGAGAUGGGAUCUGGCAGGCCAAGAUGCGUGACCUGCAGCUACCGAUGUCCUCGGAGACGCAACCGGAACCCGUCUUCGUCCCCGUCCUCGGCCGCCGCAACCCCCCAGUACUGCGCCUCCAAUAAUAUAACCUACCCCAGCUGGUGUCACAUCGUUAAGGAUGCCUGCCUGACGGGUUUCGUACUGGAGACCCUUCAUCCAGGACCCUGUAACCUUUACGACGCUGCGAUUCACGCAGAUGGGAACAACACGUCACUCGCUUACGACGUAGAGCUGGCCGAAAACUCGUCGAGGGUGAAGGAAAGCGGAGCUCCAAGACGCGAGUCGCGAGUUCUGUGACGAUGCUAAACGGCGGCCGUCGAAACUAGAGGGUUUUGACCGGUUCUGGACACCAAAGAGAGCGACGACCGCGUAUCUAAUACGCCAACAUACGGAUAAUCUCUUAUCAAGCUGCAGUCACGUGACCCCCGACGGCGAGUGUAACGCCCGCAAUAAUAUCUCGCCUGCUGCAGUGACGUUAAAUCAAUUUUUAAGUAUUCGAAAUGUAGCGACUUAGAUAGACCAGUAAUUCAAAGUUCUUAAGUUUAGUAUUUAUUUAAUUAAUCGAUUAACUCGUCGACGACGAUACCGUAUCUCUAUUGUAAGUAUAUACAUCGUAUACACCGUUAUCCGAUCCACCCCAUCUUAUACUCUUUUGUAUUUUUUUUUUUUUUUUUUUCAUCUCAUAUAUUAUACACGAAAAAUGUAACGCGAGGUCCGAUUCUACCGGAAAUCAGAAGCGGAUUGACAAGCAUUGUUCCGAAUAACCAAGACCGGAAAAACGCGCUACAAGAAUCGAGAAAAAAAAAACAAACACAUCGCCGACAGUUGAAUUACGAGACAAGAUAGCGGACAUUAAAAGUGA